AAAGCGUCCGCCUUUCCAUGAAAAAAUUUGUGUGAUCGUGCUGAACUUCCGUUGUCGAUAGCUAAUGUCAAGCUGUAGGACUUGGUUGUGAAGAUGCGACUUGACACCGGUGCCGACGUAUCAAGGAUUAGCUGCGGGACGUGGAUGGGGUUGGUUAACCCUGAAGGCCCAACCUGCCCAAUGGACAGCUGCAAAUGGAUCGCUGAUCGAAGUUACAGGAGUUUAUGAGAGCUGUUCACAUGCUCCAAGGAUUAUUUUACGUCUUCAAAGACCUGAAUUUGCUAGGAAUGGAUAUGUUUCAACAGCUGCCGCCAUUCCGAGAUACCCUUUCCAUUUGUUUGUUUGUUGUGGAUGCCUCUUCGCCACUGGACGACCGCCUCGCAACUGUCCCAAAAGUCUGGAGGUGGGAUACGUUAAGAAGUUUAAAGCUUACCUGGUGCUGAUGAAGAAUGCCACACCCGUCUACGUGCCGAAGUGA